CACUACCCAACCACCACCACACUGCCGCCUUGAACCACCACAUACCGCUCGCUCUCUUCACUUGUAUAUUUAUACGCAAAAAUAUAGUGUAUAUUGAUCCGUAUAUAAAAACCAAACCAUGAAGUUUCAAAUCGAGGACGUGACCGUAUACUUCCCGUACGAUCACAUAUACCCGGAGCAAUACUCCUACAUGGUGGAGUUAAAGCGUGCACUAGACGCUAAAGGUCACUGCCUGCUUGAAAUGCCUACGGGAACAGGAAAGACAAUAGCUUUACUAUCAUUAAUCACAAGCUACACUAUCUCUAAACCUGAAGGCGCAAUCAAGCUAAUUUACUGCACUCGCACAGUUCACGAGAUGGAGAAAACCCUAGCCGAAUUGAAGUUAUUGCACAAUUAUCAAGUCAAGCACCUCGGCCCUGCUGCCAACAUUUUGGCGAUUGGAUUGUCUUCGAGGAAGAAUUUGUGUGUAAAUCCUAAUGUUUUGGAAGCGAAUAAUAGGGAUUCGGUUGAUGCUGCGUGUCGGAAAAGGACUGCGAGUUGGGUUAGGGCUUUGGCCGCGGAGAAUCCGAAUGUCGAGACUUGUGAGUUUUUUGAAAAUUAUGAGAGGGCUGCGUCUGGUGCUGUUUUGCCUCCUGGGGUUUAUACUCUUCAGGAUCUAAGGGCAUUUGGGAAAGAGAAAGGGUGGUGUCCGUAUUUUUUGGCAAGGCAUAUGGUGCAGCUUGCGAAUGUAGUGGUUUAUAGUUACCAAUACUUGCUUGAUCCGAAGGUGGCUGGGAUUAUAUCCAAGGAAAUGCAGAAGGAAUCUGUUGUUGUGUUUGACGAGGCGCAUAAUAUCGAUAAUGUAUGUAUUGAAGCACUUAGUGUUAGUGUGAGGAGGCAAACUCUUGAUGGAGCAUCAAGAAAUAUCUCAAGGAUUGAACAAGAGAUUAACAGGUUCAAGGCCACUGAUGCUAAUAGACUGCGUGAUGAGUACAAGCGGCUUGUUAAUGGUUUGGCAUUAAGUGGAAACUUACCUGGCACAGAUUCCUGGCUUUCAAAUCCUGCCUUGCCUGAUGAUAUUCUGAGGGAAGCGGUUCCUGGAAAUAUUCGCCGGGCAGAACAUUUUUUGCAUGUUUUACGAAGAUUGCUCCAGUAUCUAACAGCGCGGUUGGAUACUGAGAAUGUUGAGAAGGAAAGCCCUAUUAGCUUUGUUGCCUCCAUAAACAACCAAGCUGGAAUCGACCAGAAAACACUAAAGUUUUGUUAUGAUCGUCUACAUUCACUUAUGUUGACGUUGGAAAUAACCGAUACAGAUGAGUUCUUGCAUGUCCAAACAAUAUGUGACUUUGCAACACUAGUGGGGACAUAUUCUCGUGGAUUUUCCAUCAUAAUCGAACCUUUUGAUGAGAGAAUGCCACAUAUUCCUGACCCUGUAUUACAGCUCAGUUGUCAUGAUGCUUCUCUUGCCAUAAAGCCCGUGUUUGACCGGUUUCAGUCAGUCGUAAUUACAUCUGGAACUCUAAGCCCAAUUGAUCUGUAUCCCCGACUUCUUAAUUUCCACCCUGUUGUCAGUCGAAGCUUUAAAAUGUCCUUGACAAGAGAUUGCAUAUGUCCAAUGGUUCUCACUCGUGGAAGUGAUCAACUUCCAGUGAGUACCAAAUUUGAUAUGAGAAGUGAUCCUGGUGUUGUAAGGAAUUAUGGGAAACUAUUGGUGGAGAUGGUUUCUAUUGUUCCAGAUGGAAUUGUGUGCUUUUUUGUGAGUUAUUCAUACAUGGAUGGGAUUAUCAACACCUGGAAUGAAAGUGGACUUCUAAAGGAAAUAAUGCAACAUAAGCUUGUCUUUAUCGAGACCCAAGAUGUGGUAGAAACUACUUUGGCUCUUGACAACUAUCGUAGGGCUUGUGAUUGUGGAAGAGGUGCUGUUUUUUUCUCUGUUGCCAGGGGAAAAGUAGCUGAAGGAAUAGAUUUUGAUCGGCAUUAUGGCAGACUAGUGAUCAUGUUUGGUGUUCCUUUCCAGUACACCUUAAGCAAGAUACUACUUGCACGGUUGGAGUAUCUAAGGGACACAUUUCAAAUUAAGGAAGGGGAUUUCCUAACAUUUGAUGCCCUGAGACAAGCUGCUCAAUGUGUGGGCCGAGUGAUCCGGUCAAAGGCUGAUUACGGAAUGAUGAUAUUUGCUGACAAGAGGUAUAGCCGUCAUGACAAGCGCUCUAAAUUGCCUGGUUGGAUUUUGUCUCAUUUACGUGAUGCACACCUGAAUUUGAGCACUGACAUGGCACUGCAUAUAGCACGCGAGUUUCUUCGAAAGAUGGCUCAACCAUAUGACAAGACUGGUUCUAGCGGUAAGAAAACCCUGUUAUCACAAGAAGAUUUGGAAAAGAUGGAUGACAGUGGUUUGCAGGCGAUGCUGUAUUAAGGAUCUGAGAAUGGGCACACCUUUCAAGUUGGGUUUGAAAACAUCAUUCCAAUUUAACUUGUAAAAUUUUGCCAGGGAACUUUUUCCAAAUUUCCCCUGGGUAGUCCCUCAUCUCUUGACUAAUGUUUUUCGGUCAUUGCGGACAUUUGUCCCUUUUUUUAUUUUAUUUUAUUUUUAGAUUUACCGGCAGCUUUUGUUGGGCUUUGUAAUAUAUGAUGCAUUAAUGGAUAAAAUUGAAUUGUUUGCCAAGGAUACAUGAUACAAUUAUGUCGAAGAACCGUAAAUGAAUUCCUGCGAUUCUGCUUGA